UUAUUUUAGUAGUUAUCGUUCGGUUUCAUCGAGGCAAAUAAGGAUUUGGGUUUUUAAGUUUAAUACAAGAUUCCUAGCUGAAAGAUUUGGUUGUUUUUAUACAAGAAACGACGAUGAAUCGUUUCUUUGUUGCUCUCGGCUGUGUUCUACUGGCCAGCGUUGUAACCUCAAAUAUUCUUCAUAAGAAAGACGAUAAAUCAGGCACGGAGAAUGCUUCCAAAAAGCAAAUGUUAGCUCCGGGAUACUACCACAUGGAAUGUCAAACAAAAGAAGAUUGUACCAAGAAAAACCCCAAAUCUUUCUGCCACAUGUUCAUGUGCGUUGAUUGUUUGAAAGAGAAUGUCGCGUGUACGCAGAAUGGACAAUGUUGUGAUGGAACAGAAUGUAUUUAUGGUCGGUGUAAGAAAGGAGCGAAGAAAGAUCCAGGCACAUUCUGCGACAAAAAAGAAGAUUGCAAAGCCCCAGAUCACUGCUGUGUACGAGAACCUGCUAUCAAUCCAGCCGUAUCAAUCUGCAAACCUCAGUUAGAUGAAAACCAUGUCUGCGGUCCAGUUAACCAAUACAGGACAGUGUAUAUUGGUGCGCAUGUGCAAACUGCAUGUGGUCCAUGUAAGGAAAGCAAGAAAUUGGAAUGCAGACAAGUAGGAAUCUUCGGUAAUUAUCACGUGUGUUUGAAACCCCCAGCCAAAUAAACUCUCGCUGAGACACAAGUAACUGUCCCAACAAAAACGUUUACAAGCGUUCGGGAGACAAUCGGUGAUUAAGCUGCUAGUCAGUACCUAUAAACUAAAUAGCAGCAUAACUAAGGGAAGAAUGUACUUUAAAGAAACUAAUAUCAAAGUAAUACGUGUAUUACUCCUAUUGUACUGUAAAUAGAGGUUUUAAAAUACUAACUACGCAUAUGAAUAAUUUGUCAUGAAUUUCAAGUUAUGCAUUAAAAGUUGCAAUGUUGUGAUGUUAAUACUAUC